GGUGUAUUUACAUAAUGUAUGACAAGUAGGUAAAUGAAUCAGAUUCCGCCUUGUAACUAACUUUUGGAAGCUUUGCAUUGUAAAUGGGAAAAUAAAGCAAAAUAAUAUUUACGAAAUGUCGCCAAAAGGAGAUGAUGCGGAAAUGACCAUGACUGACGAGAACGAAAGCGCGAUUAUAAUGGAACAAAAAGAUUUAUAUGAAAUACUCGGAGUUACUCGUGAUGCCUCACCAGAAGAAAUCAAAAAGGCAUACCGUAAAAAAGCACUCAAACAUCACCCUGACAAGAAUCCAGGUGACCCCACAGCUGCUGAGCGUUUCAAAGUCAUCAAUCAUGCACACACUAUUUUGUCUAAUGAGACAAAACGUCAAAUCUAUGAUGAUUAUGGUAACAUGGGCUUAUAUAUUGCAGAACAAUUUGGAGAUGAGAAUGUAAAAUUAUACUUCCGUCUCAACAGUUGUUGGUGUAAAGCAUUGUUUAUAUUUUGUGGGUUGAUUACUGGUUGUUACUUUUGUUGCUGUUUGUGUUGUUGUUGUGGAUGUUGCUGUGGAAAGUGUAGACCUCAGUCAGAUGAAGAUAUUCCUGAUUGUCCAGCAGCAGAAGAAGAUGACCUUCCAGUAACUGAUCAACCAGGCUCUUCACCAAUAGUUCAUGAAAAUGGUAAUAAUGCUCCAAUAGUGCUAGGACCUCCUGAUAAUUCCCCAAAUGAAAAGACCUAUCUCACAAACACAAACUAGGCUAUGUACAAAACAAGAAUGAAUGCCUUCAAUUUUUUAGGCAAUGGAAUGUUUUAUAGAAAGCAAUAAAAAUAUUUUCUUUAAAUGGAAAAUUAUGUCAUACAAAUCUGCAUUUGGAGUACUUCAUGUAUUUCACAUGCUCCUCAUAUGCAUAAUGAACAAGAAAGAUAUUUUUUAUAUACAUUCUAUCCUAUCAUUUUCUAUUUAACAUUCCAAUUUUGAAAACUGUAGUUGAUAUUGGUUUCUCCUUCCUCAGUCAAGGCAUUCACUAGACCAUAUGAAAUUGAAAAUGUAAUUCACACUUGUAAACCUAUUUGUCCUUAUAGUAAACACAGAUUUUCAUAAAAUUGCAAUAAAAUUCUCUGAUUAAAAGCACUUAUUCUGA